AUGAGCGGCAAGAAAGAGACCGUGCUGGACCUGGGGAAGUUCAUAGACAAGGGGGUGCGCGUGAAGCUUGCCGGCGGACGCGAGGUGACCGGCACACUCAAGGGUUUCGAUCAGCUCCUGAACCUGGUGCUGGAUGAGUGCGAGGAGUACCUGAGAGACCCGGAGGAUCCGCUGAAGGUUACUGAUCAGACCAGGAGUCUUGGACUGAUCGUGGCCCGCGGCACCUCGGUCAUGGUGGUGUCGGGCCUGGACGGGAUGGAGGAGAUCGCCAACCCGUUCCUGCAGCCUGAGGGUGAGAUGGCGCCGCUGGAGUGA